GAAUUGCUGUGUUACGAGGAUCGGGCGUUCGACCUCUUCUCUCUCUCGCUGUCUCGUUCCUCUCCCUUUCCAGCCUUCGUCUUCACGAUCGAGAGUCUGCGCUUGCUGCAACAAUGACGGUCAAGAGGCGAAACGGAGGACGUAACAAACAUGGCCGAGGCCAUGUUAACCCCAUCAGAUGCUCCAAUUGCGGUCGUUGCGUCCCCAAGGACAAGGCCGUAAAGAGAUUUUUGGUCCGCAACAUUGUGGAACAAGCAGCUGUUCGUGAUGUCCAAGAGGCCUGCGUCUACGAUGGAUACACUCUGCCCAAGCUGUACGCCAAGAUGCAGUACUGUGUAUCAUGUGCCAUCCACUCGCACGUAGUCCGAGUGCGAUCUCGCGAGGCACGCCGAAUCCGCGAGCCUCCCCAGAGAUUCCGCCGCAAGGAGGACGCUCCCGCACGACCUGCACCCGGUGCCCGCCCUGCAGGACAAACCGGCCCUGGUCCACGAUAGAUGCUUUUGCGCUUGGAGGGUAGAUAUAGCAUCACUUUUUUGGGCUAUCGCUCUUACCAGCUCGAAGAGCAUCACAGAAAUCGGUAGCAAGCAUAUACUCGAGGUUUCCCUGAAUUACACAGUGGACUUUGAGAAAAUUCUUGCUGAUCCCAUUUAUUGUAUCGAGGGUGCACAGAAGGGACAUCAAGGAAUACAAGUUUUGACGCUCACUGGCUGAUACCAAAAAACUGGUGUACAAUGACGCCAAUUACCCACUAUGGAAUUUCGUGUUUCAGAUAUCCCCACCGACUUUGUAGUAGUACAUUUGGGUGUCUUGUCCGAUUUACGGGUAUUACAGUAACUUUUCCGCUCGUCAUCAUUCUCUUGGUUUUUCGUGUUUGUGAAAUGAUUAUCUACAUGGAAGACAGAUGCAAAUGGACGUUGUCAUUUUUCCGAUUUGGCCACGACAGGAUGUGUCUUAGCUGUACGGAUUUCUGUUAGAGAUUUUGCUGCAUGAUACCUUGUAAUUUCCAUAAGGCAGAUCGAUGCGGAGAGCUCUGUUCUGGGAUGUCGUGGAUCGACACGCUGGGUUCUUGACAUUCCUUACACUUCAUUUCGCACGAGUUUUGAUAUCCCGUUACAGUUCUUCCUUAUGAAGGACCCAGCGUUAGGUCUCAAGGUGAAGUGUCAAGGUCUCGUGUUUAGGUAGUUGUUGUGGACGAACUUAAGUUCCUGGCUAGGAAGUUCUUGGUUAGCCACAUGCUGCGUAUAGUUUCGAGGUCCUGAUCUUCAAGCUCCUGAGUGAACGAGUAGAAGAGGGAAUUUAGGUGUCGGUGUACGUACUAUGAGUACAGAUGAGUACAGAUUCCAAAAGAACCAACUCAAUCCCAUACGCGAUACAAUUAGCAUUGUCAGCGACAUUGCCAGAUGAACGCAGGAAAUACAGUGCCGCACUGUCCCACUGGGUCAAAAGUGGAGAGAAGAGGAUGUUCUCCAUUAACCUGCAGCGUCUAUUUUGCUCAGUUGACUUCACUCCCAGGAUUGCAUGAUUCUACAAGAUGGGAUAUCAUGUCGCCUGCCUGCUUCUGCUUUGCGCUCUGGGUAACUACAGGUUUUACCAGCA